CAGACGCUGCUGCAGACAGACAAUCCCUCCAGACUUGGAAGGCAGAAGCCUAGCAACACGACAAAGGCGGUGACUGGGAGAACAGUAGGUUCCAGAAUGUCUCACGACGUUGCAAAUGUAUAUGGUAUUCGUUUACUUUAACGAUAUAUUAGGACGAUAUAUUUGUGCGCGGCGGCUUUGACUUCCGAGACGCACGUCUCCAAACUUUGUCCACUUCAAAAUACAGGUAGUGUUCAACCUCUCACUCGAACAGAAACCUAAAUUCUCGGACAAUGACAGGUUCAAUCAUUUUUAGCAUUCUCUGUAUUUGGAUGUUUUCACCCAGUCUGUCACGAGGGACCGGGUUUAUCUAUCAGUUUCCAGGUGUGACAUUGCAACGCAUCCACACUGAACACACCGCUGGACCCCCUGCAGGCACCAAUGCGGCUCGCAGGAACUGGUGUCAGUACACAGUGUCGAAGACUGUGUCAUGCCAGGUGCACAACGGGACAGAGAAGCUGGUACAGCGUAUGUUUCAGAGUUGCCGGUGGCCGGGACCCUGUUCUAACCUCAUCAGUUACAGGACCAUUGUCCGGCCCACAUACAUGCUAACGUAUCGCCAGGUGACGGCGUUGGAGUGGAGGUGCUGCCCAGGCUUUAUGGGCGACAACUGCAGAGAGGAAUGUAUGAACUGCACUGGCUAUACUGAUAUGAAUAACAGACUGAGUAUCCUUGAGUCCAAGAUUGUGUUACUGGAGGAGGCAGGACCACCACCUCUCCCAUUCAGAUACUCCCCAGAUAGGUCUUCAGAUAACGAGGUGGGAGCACCCCAGCCCACCCCCAUGCCUCCCCCCACCAUUGGCCUACCAGGAGCAAGAGGCCCCCCAGGACCAGUUGGACCCCAAGGCGUGGUGGGACCCCCUGGACGCACCGGAGAGACAGGCCUCGAAGGGAAAUCUGGACCCAUGGGACCCAGAGGGCCCCAGGGCCAGCGAGGAGCCCCAGGGGAGAGAGGUGUACCUGGGCCAGCGGGUUCUCCGGGGCCAGCCUCUCCCUUCUCUCACAGAGGAGAUGUGUUUGGUCUGAGGGAGCUGGACCAUUAUGAAGAGGCUGCGCUCCCUUCACGGAAUAACCAGAAAGAUGUGACCGGUCCCCCAGGCCCCAUCGGACCCCCUGGACCCCCAGGCCGGCCUGGACCCACAGGGCCUGCUGGAAACACAGGUACCCCAGGCAGAAACGCUGGGUUUGGUCUCUCAGGCAAGCCUGGGGAUCGCGGACCUAAAGGAGACACUGGUGAAAGGGGACCCCCAGCACACAGGGGAGAACAUGGUCAGCCAGGUGCACCAGGGCCAAAGGGUGAACCAGGAGAUAGCCAGGCUGAGGGGGAGGGGGUGCAGCAGCUGAGAGAGGCUCUGAAGAUCCUGGCUGAGAGGGUUCUCAUUCUGGAGCACAUGAUCGGCAUUCAUGAGAACCCACUAGAACCCGGUUCUGGCCUGGACAUCCUUUCAGACCUGGUGCCCAUGUUUAAAAACAAAAGGGCGGGACCCAAUACCCUGCUCCACUCUCUCGCCACGGGAGACCGGAAGCUGAUUGGAGAGGAAAGAGUGAGGAGGGGGGACAAUUAGAUGCUCAUGCCAAUGGGUGUAGAGCAUGGUUUGUAUAUGAAAUGUGAUUGUUUAAGAGACUGAGAUGGACGUACCAUGUGUUCUCUGGGCCAGAGUGUAUGACCAGUCAAUCCUCAUGGAAGCACAGAAUUCCAUCAAUCUGGGCUUUGGGCGACCGAGCGUCUGCAAAAUGACCCCUUCUCUUAAUCAGAUUCUUGAAUUUGACCUGUUUAUAAUGUGUGUUUUUUUUACAUUGACUUUUAGUACUGUUGUCAUUAUCGUAGUCAUGUUAUUCCAAUGUAAUGAUGUAACUUUGGUGCUGGUACUGGCCUCAACGUGUGCAUUUUCUUAAAGUCUAGGUAGCAGAUAAUGGACCCUAUCAGAUAUUUAUGUAGUUGGUGCUGUAUAUGAACUUAAAUACAUGGGUUCUAACUUGAAACAUUAUUUGUUAGUUUACAACUGUACAAUUUAUGCAUAUAAAAUACACGAAGACUGACGGGAAAUGUACAGUUGAAGUCGGAGGUUUACAUACACUUAGGUUAGAGUCAUUAUUCAAACACUCCACAAAUUUCUUGUUAACAAACUAUAGUUUUGGAAAGUCGGCUAGGACAUCUGCUUUGUACAUGACACAAGUAAUUUUUCCAACAAUUGACAGAUUAUUUCACUGUAUCACAAUUCCAGUGGGUCAGAAGUGUACAGAAGUUGAUUGUGCCUUUAAACAGCUUGGACAACUCCAGAAAAUAAUGUCAUGGCUUCAGAAGCUUCUGAUAGGCUAAUUGACAUCAUUUGAGUCAAUUGGAGGUGUACCUGUGGAUGUAUUUCAAGGCCUACCUUCAAACUCAGUGCCUCUUUUCUUGACAUCAUGGUAAAAUCAAGAGAAAUCAGCCAAGACCUCAGAAAAAAAGUAGACCUCCACAAAUCUGGUUCAUCCUUGGGAGCAAUUUCCAAACAACUGAAGGUACCACGUUCAUCACAAACAAUAGUACGCAAGUAUAAACACCAUGGGACCACGCAGCCAUCAUACCGCUCAGGAAGGAGACGCGUUCUGUCUCCUAGAGAUAAACGUACUUUGGUGCGAAAGUGCAAAUCAAUCCCAGAACAACAGCAAAUGACCUUGUGAAGAUGCUGGAGGAAACAGGUACAAAAGUAUCUAUAUCCACAGUAAAACAAGUCCUAUAUCAACAUAACCUGAAAGGCCGCUCAGCAAGGAAGAAGCCACAGCUCCAAAACCGCCAUAAAAAAGCCAGACUACGGUUUAUAACUGCACAUGGUGACAAAGAUCGUACUUUUUGGAGAAAUGUCCUCUGGUCUGAUGUAACAAAAAUAGAACUGUUUGGCCAUAAUGACCAUCGUUAUGUUAGGAGGAAAAAGGGGGAGGCUUGCAAGCCGAAGAACACCAUCCCAACCGUGAAGAACGAGGGUGGCAGCAUCAUGUUGUGGGGUGCUUUGCUGCAGGGGGGACUGGUGCACUUCACAAAAUAGAUGGCAUCAUGAGGAGGAAAAUUAUGUGGAUAUAUUGAAGCAACAUCUCAAGACAUCAGUCAGAAAGUUAAAGCAUGGUCGCAAAUGGGUCUUCCAAAUGGACAAUGACCCCAAGCAUGCUAUCAAAGUUGUGGCAAAAUGGCUUAAGGACAACAAAGUCAAAGUAUUGGAGUUGCCAUCACAAAGCCCUGACCUCAAUCCUAUAGAAAAUGUGUGGGCAGAACUGAAAAAGCGUGUGUGAGCAAGGAGGCAUACAAACCUGACUCAGUUACACCAGCUCUGUCAGGAGGAAUGGGCCAAAAUUCACCCAACUUAUUGUGGGAAGCUUGUGGAAGGCUACCUGAAAUGUUGGACCCAAGUUAAACAAUUUAAAGGCAAUGCUACCAAAUACUAAUUGAGUGUAUGUGAACUUCUGACUGACUGGGAAUGUGAAAGCUGAAAUAAAUCAUUAUCUCUACUUAUUAUUCUGACAUUUCACAUUCUUAAAAUAAAGUGGUGAUCCUAACUGACCUAAGAUAGGGAAUUUUACUAGGAUUAAGUGUCAGGAAUUGUGAAAAAUUGAGUUUAAAUGUAUUUGGUUAAGGUGUAUGUAAACUUCCGACUUCAGGCCUCCCGGGUAGCGCAGUGGUUAAGGGCGCUGUACUGCAGCGCCAGCUGUGCCACCAGAGACUCUGGGUUCGCGCCCAGGCUCUGUAGCAACUGGCCGCGACCGGAAGGUCAGUGGGGCGAUGCACAAUUGGCCCAGCGUAGUCCGGGGGAGGG